UCCAUCCACAUCCAACACCAUGACCAACUCCUGCUGCUCCCCUUGCUGCCAGCCCACCUGUUGCAGGACCACCUGCUGCAGGACCACCUGCUGGAGACCCAGCUGUGUGAGCAGCUGCUGCCAGCCCAGCUGCUGUGGCUCCAGCUGCUGCCAGCCUUGCUGCCAGCCCACCUGCUGUAGGACCUGCUUCCAGCCAAGCUGUGUGAGCAGCUGCUGCCGCACACCCUGCUGCCAGCCCUGCUGCUGUGUGUCCAGCUGCUGCCAGCCUUGCUGCCAGCCCAGCUGCUGCCAGCCCAGCUGCUGUGAGUCCAGCUGCUGCCAGCCCAGGUGCUGUAUCUCCAGCUGCUGCCAGCCCUGCUGCCAGCCCAGCUGCUGCAGGCCCUGCUGCAAGCCCUGCUGUGAGCCCUUCUGCCUCAACCUGUGCUGCCAGCCAGCUUGCUCUGGACCUGUGACCUGCACCAGGACUUGCUACCAGCCCACAUGUGUCUGUGUGCCUGGCUGCCUGUCCCAAGGCUGCGGGUCCAGCUGCUGUGAGCCCUGCAGCUGUUGA